AAAAAAGCAAGACGCUUCGCAACGAAUGGAAGAGCGCUGAUGUCUCGAGACGCGUUUUUAAAAGUUGACGUUCUUUUAACUUGCAACGGUGUCUGAAAGACGCGGAGCUGCUGCGCGAGACGCUGAAAAAAACAAACAAACAAGAAAAUAAUUGAUAAACAGCGCGGACGGAUGUAAAUACGAGUUCGGUGGGAACUGCCCCUUACACAGGACGUAAGGAGAAUAGGGCCUUUCAGAGGAGAAAUUCUGCGCAUGCGCAAGCGCGUACUCUUGCACCGUGUAGGUGGAUCCGCAAAGGUUCGCGUUAACAUCGCGACUGAUAUUCAUGGUCGCGAGAGAAUCCGAAAGUCAAAACCGUGAAAUCUCCGCGACACAACACGAUGUCGAGCUGAUUGCUGGAAUACGACUAGGUAUUGCAGUUGGCCAGGACUGCUCCUCUGGACUGAAUCUUUUGUGUGUAGCUGUCAAUGUGACUGGAGGAAACUCUACGGACGACACCAUGGGUCAAGACAGAGGAAAGUAUGAUUUCUAUAUAGGCCUCGGCUUGGCCAUAAGCUCCAGUAUAUUCAUCGGAGGUAGUUUCAUCUUAAAGAAGAAAGGACUCCUUCGACUGGCCAGAAAAGGCUCUAUGCGAGCAGGCCAAGGUGGUCAUGCAUACUUAAAAGAAUGGCUUUGGUGGGCCGGCUUGUUAUCAAUGGGGGCUGGUGAAGCUGCCAAUUUCGCUGCAUACGCCUUUGCUCCUGCCACUCUCGUCACUCCUCUCGGGGCCCUCAGUGUACUAGUGAGUGCGGUCUUGUCUUCAUACUUCCUGAUGGAGAGGUUGAACCUACACGGGAAGCUUGGUUGUUUGCUCAGUAUCCUGGGCUCCACUACCAUGGUGAUACAUGCACCUAAAGAAGAAGAGAUCGACAGCCUGAAAGACAUGGCCAAAAAACUGGUUGAUCCAGGCUUUGUGGUGUUCGCGACAGCUGUCAUCAUUGUAGCUCUCAUUUUUAUCUUCGCAUUUGGCCCACGCAACGGGCAGACCAACAUCCUGGUGUACAUCACUAUCUGCUCUGUGAUUGGUGCCCUAUCCGUGUCUUGUGUAAAGGGAUUGGGCAUUGCCAUUAAGGAGGCCAUUGCUGGAAAGCCAGUAGUGCAAAACCCUUUGGCUUGGCUGCUGCUCCUGAGCCUGAUAGCCUGUGUCAGUACACAGAUCAACUACCUGAACAAAGCUCUGGACAUAUUUAACACAUCUCUAGUAACACCCAUCUACUAUGUGUUCUUCACCACCUCGGUGCUGUCGUGCUCAGCCAUAUUGUUCAAAGAAUGGGAACACAUGGGUGCUGAUGAUAUCAUCGGCACGUUGAGUGGCUUCGUCACUAUUAUUGUUGGCAUCUUCCUAUUGCACGCCUUUAAGGAUGUUAGUAUUAGCUUGGCGACACUUGCGGUGUCCGUUAGGAAGGAGAGGAAUGGGCCUGUAUUAAAUGGCAUGGCAGCUCACAACCACUCCAAUUAUGAGCUGCUACAUAAUGAAGUCACAGAGGACAUUGAGGAUAGAGAGAUGGGCUUGCCAUUUGACAGCAUUUCAAGAAGAAAUGGCACUAUGACAGCAUCUUAGGGCCAAAAAAGUAACCAACGUGCAGCAGGUCAUUAAUGAAAAUUAUUUUUUGCUGCUAACAUUUUUCCUUUUCGAAUUUUUUUUGCUGCUAGCAUUUUUCCCUUUUCCGAUAUGAGAUUAAAAACCUAAGACAAUCAACUCUAGAGGGCAAAAAAAAAAAAAAAAAACCUAAUGGACCAAUUGAUUGUACUAAGGGUUUUGUCUUAUUCGCCUUACUUUUUGUUUUUCCCCCCCUCUUGUUUCUGACUAGACUACAUGGUAAGGCUUUAUCUCAUUCCUCAUGUAGCACUGUAAAUAUACAACUGUGUGAUUUUAAGAGACUUUUGUUUUAUAUUUAUGUACAGAUAUCUGUAUUUACAUGCACUGAAUUCCUUUCUACAAAAAUUGGUAGUUGCUUUCAUUUUGUAAUAAAGAUAUCCAAGUGGAAUGA